AUGUUAAGAGCUAGCACCUUAAGGAACUUAGGCAGAGUUGGCAGAGUCAGACACUUCAGUGCUGUCUCCAGAUUGAAUGCCUCUGCCCCUUCCUCCGAACCCAAACCAUUCCAUAAUGCUAUGGGGCAGCCAGCCCAAAGAUUCUCGGGCGAGCCAGGCACUUUCGGCAAGACCACCUUCUCGGAGGUCAUGGACGAAGUCGACAUGACCUUUGGACGUGACGAUGACCCCAAAAAAGUUGAAAAGCAAAACUCCAAAAUCAGACAUUUCACCAUAAACUUCGGUCCACAACAUCCAGCUGCCCACGGUGUGUUGAGAUUGAUUUUGGAAUUACACGGAGAAGAAAUCGUCAGAGCUGACCCUCACGUCGGUUUGUUGCACAGAGGUACUGAAAAGUUGAUAGAAUCCAAGACCUACAUGCAAGCAUUGCCAUACUUUGACAGAUUGGACUAUGUUUCUAUGAUGACCAACGAAUUGGUCUUCGCAUUGGCAGUGGAAAAGUUGCUCAACGUUGAAGUUCCAUUGAGAGCCAAGUAUAUCAGAACCUUGUUCGGAGAAAUCACCAGAGUUUUGAACCAUUGUAUGUCUGUUUUGUCCCAUAUUAUGGAUGUCGGUGGUUUGACUCCUUUCCUUUGGGGUUUCGAAGAGCGUGAAAAGUUGAUGGAGUUCUACGAGCGUGUCUCCGGUGCCAGAUUGCACGCGGCAUACGUUAGACCAGGUGGUGUUUCCCAAGAUUUGCCUGUUGGAUUGUUGGAUGAUAUCUACAUGUGGGCCACUCAAUUUGGUGAUAGAAUCGAUGAAACCGAAGAAUUGGUCACCGAUAACAGAAUCUGGAAGGACAGAACCGUUGAUGUCGGUGUUGUCUCUGCUGAAGACGCCUUGAACUACUCCCUUUCUGGUGUUAUGUUGAGAGGUUCCGGUAUACCAUUCGACAUCAGAAAAUCACAACCAUACGAUGCCUACGACUUGGUCGACUUCGAUGUAGCUGUCGGUAUUAACGGUGAUUGUUACGAUCGUUACUUGAUCAGAAUGGCUGAAUUCAGACAAUCCUUAAGAAUCAUUUUCCAAUGUAUAAACGAUAUGCCAGAAGGUCCAGUCAAGGUUGAAGACUACAAGAUCUCUCCUCCACCAAGAGCUGCCAUGAAGGAAGAUAUGGAAGCCUUGAUCCAUCAUUUCUUGUUGUUCACCAAGGGUUUCGCUGUUCCAGCUGGUGAGACCUACACUGCCAUCGAGGCUCCAAAGGGUGAAAUGGCUGUCUACGUUGUUUCUGACGGUUCAGAGAGACCAUACAGAUGUAAGAUCAGAGCUCCUGGUUUCCCACAUUUGGGUGCUUUUGACCACAUUUCUAGAGGUAACUUGUUGGCUGAUGCUGUUGCCAUUAUUGGUACUAUGGAUUUGGUGUUCGGAGAAGUUGAUCGUUAG